AUGUCAUUUCCAUAGCGAGUGCUGAAAGAGAGUGGAUAAAUUGAGGCAGGUGAGAGUGGACACGAGACACAGAGAAGGAGCUCGACAGGCAUCGGCACAGCCCACCUGCGUUCAGCUCCACUUUUAACAGACUCCUAAAAAGAGGACAUUGCAUUAUCAAGAGGAUUGCUGACAGCUCCAGAGCUGAUAAUGCAUUUGUGUCCUUAGGGAGGCGAAGUGAUGAGAAGAUAAAAGAGGAAUCACUGGAACAGGGAUAACACUAAAGCUCAAGUCAUCAGAACAGGCCCAGUGGAGCGAUGACUUUUAGAGAGCCUUAGUGCGCUGAAAGGGUUUCUGAAGGACAGUGCUGCUGACGUUGGCAGAAACAAGGACAACAAAGCAGUCUGUGUCUUACCAACAUUUGAAUCUGCACAAGGAAGAAGGUGGAAGACCAUACUCCGGUGAGAUGGAGCCGAGCCCAGUGGUGUGGCACACCCAGGGGGUCCUGCUGGAAACUGACCUGGAGAAGGUGAGCUCUCAUCCCGAGUGCUCCAUCUGCUUCAACACCUAUGACAAUGUCUUCAAAACGCCAAAACAGCUGGACUGCACUCACACCUUCUGCCUUGAGUGCCUUUCCCGCAUCAUGGCUACCUCCUUGGACCCUCAAAACUCUAAAAUCUCCUGUCCCUUCUGCCGCCACCCCACUACUAUCCCAAAAAGGGGGCCUCCAGCUUUGACCACCAGCCAGGAGGUGCUGUGUCGCCUGCCCGCCAACCAGCAGCAGGAAGAGCCCGUAUGGCUGGACGGGGAGAUGUUGUGCUACCAGCGGCCAAAAGACAUGCCAGGCCUGCCAGCGUUCUGCAUCUGCGUCGAUAUUGGGGCCAGUGGGCAAAGUGGCAUAUCUUCUUCAUCCCAAACUCGACCACGACUUGGGCUUCUGGAACGGUUGAUGGACUGGAAGCGUUUGCUGCUCUUUAUAUUCCUCAUGUUGUUGCUGCUGGGGAUCGUUUUGUGGCCCUUGCAGUGCAUCGUCACGACGGGCUCCGUGCGGUGUUCGUCCCAUAACCUGCAGAUGCCUACUACUACAGCUUCUACUGCCACACUCACAUUAGUAACAUAAGUGAGACAGACAUGUCUAGAUUGAUGUCGGACUUGCAAAACCAGGUUGAUUGGUGUCCGUUUACCUCCAUACGUCCUUGCCAAGCCUGUUGGGUGCUAAAGGAGUUACAACAAACAGCAAUGCUGCAGUAAAGACUGAGGAACUGCAUCAGUAUCAUUAUUAUAUCUUAUAGAACAUGUGAACGAGUGGCAAAGCUUAGCCAGUGCAUGACAAAACUGACUGAUGGCUAAAUGUCUGCCUACAUUGAU